UUAGUAGCACACUGUUCUCUAUCCCCUGGGUCCUCUCCGUCACACACCCAGAGAGACCCAGAGAGACAGACAGCAUGAGGCUCGGGCUGAUACUCCUGCUAGCCGGGCUAGCUACUGUGUUUGCUGCAGAGGAGUCAUGCAUGGACCGCUGUGAGAAUGGCUUCGACUCCAAGAAGGAUUGCCAGUGUGACACCAUGUGUCGGUACUACAAGAGCUGCUGCUCAGACUACGAGACCACCUGUCAUAUGAAAACACGUGGGGACACCUUUGAAUUUGCAGAGGAUGAUGAUGGUCCAUUUACCCCUACAACGCCCGCCUUCCCGACCCAACCUGAAGACAGGGCAUCCAGAACCUCAGGGGGCCAACAUAGGCAACCCACACGCAUCAGAACCAUCAACACCACCCCUACUCCUGCCAAAAUUGCCACAAAGAUAACCCCAGUCACAGAGCCAGCUAGAGGCGCAGCUCGAGGCCCACAGAGAGGCCAGGUCCCAGGGGUAGUCCCACUCCCGGAGGCAGCUAAAGCCACCAAGGCACCGUCGGCAACACAGGCAGGUAGAGGCUCAGAUAGAGGCCAGUUCCCAGCGGUAGUCCCACUCCCAGAGACAGCUAUAGCCACCGAGGCAACAUCAGUCCUACAGACAACCACAGAGGAAGUGGUGACGACCACCAAGGCUCCGGUAGUAGACCCAGAUGCUGAGCCAUGCAGCAGCAGGCCCUGGGACUCCCUAAUGCAGCUCAAGAACGGCUCUGUCUACGCCUUCAGAGGGGAGUGGUUCUUUGAGCUGGAUGAGAAGUCGGUGAUGCCCGGCUACCCCAAACUGAUCCAGGACAUCUGGGGUAUCAGAGGGCCUAUAGAUGCUGCCUUUACACGUAUCAACUGCCAGGGCAAGACAUACAUGUUCAAGGGUAACAAGUACUGGCGGUUUGAUGAUGGUGUGCUGGAGGCGGACUAUCCCAGGGAUAUCAACGUGGGCUUUGAGAAGAUACCAGACGACGUGGACGCAGCCUUCGCCAUAGCAGCCCCUGGACACCACAGCAAAGAGAAGGUCUACUUCUUCAAAGGUGACCAGUACUACCAGUAUGAGUUCAAGCACCAGCCAUCACAUGAGGAGUGUAUCAAGAUGGCAGCUGAGUCUCCCUCCGCUCUGUUCACAGCCUACACUGACAUCUACCACAACAACUGGGAGGAACUCUUCAACAUGCUCUUCAGAGGCAUCCCCAACCACCAUGGUGGGCAUCGGUUCAUCAACAAGGACUGGAUAGGCAUCAAGGCCCCAGUGGACGCUGUCAUGACAGGGAGACUCUACAUCACCCCCAGGCCACUGGCCCCACCCCUGUUCCCACCCGUACCCCCUUUACGGGACCACAACGACGGGAGGCGCCAGCCAUGGGACCAACAGUGGGGGCAGUAUGGUCAACAGGAUCAGUUAAAUGGACAGCAAAAUGGACAACUAUAUGGACAACAAGGGCAACAAUAUGGACAGCAGUGGGAACAGCAGUGGGGCCACCGCAGAAGUAGGCGCCAGUCUUACUGGGGUGCCGGGACGGGAAUGGCUAUGGGGCAGGCGUUCGCAGAGAAGGGGAUGGAUAUGGGGAAACGAUUCGCUGAGAAGGGUUUGGAUCUCGGUCGGAAGCUGGCGGAAAGGAGGAUGGCUAUGGGGCAGGCGUUAGCAGAGAAGGGGAUGUUUGGAGGGUGGGACAUGCGCCGAACGGAUGCCAGGGAUGAAGACAGAGACAGGGAUAGAAGGAGGGAUGACCAGGAUAGGAGGAGGGAUGACCAGGACAGGAGGAGGGAUGACCAGGACAGAAGAGAUGGAUACAACUAUGACUCCAGAUACAACGCUGAGGGGAGGGCCUACUGGGAGUUUGUCAACAAGGGCCAGCCAGUGCAGAGCGUCUACUUCUUCAAGGGAGAUAAAUACUACAGAGUGGAUCUGAAGACCAAGAAAGUGGACCCAGCCAGCCCUCCUUACCCCAGGUCCAUUGGCAAGUACUGGCUGGGCUGCCCUGAAAAACACCUGGAGGCCGAGAAGAAAUAGAUUCACAACUGGAUAAAGAAACAUAUGCAGUAUGUCAAAACAUGUUUUACAUCAAAGACUCAAAUAGACAGUAAUUUAAAGCUGGAUAAUUAGAAGAAUCACUUGAAAAAUGAAAGGAGAGCCGCACACUCUAGGAGCUCCGAUGCAAUACUUUAAUAACCUCAUAUCCAACAUUUCGACAGACAAGCUGAUACCCUGACGAAGACAGCUUGUCUGUCGAAGCGUUGGAUAUGAGGUUAUUAAACUAUUGCAUCGGAGCUCCUAGUGUGUGCGGCUCUCCUUUCAUUGUUCAAGUGUUCUACUCCGCUAGCCAGCGCCUCGCCUAAAUAGGUGUGCGUUUCUUUCGCCUCUAAAUUAGAAGAAUCACUUCACAAAAAUGUUCUGUUAUGAGGACCUUUCUCUUUGUACCUGGAAUACUUGUGUGUAAUACUUUUAUAAUUAAACAUUUUCUAGCUGUAAAGGGUACCCACAUGUUAUAGGGGGUAUUGAAAUUAAUCCAAGGCUCAAUUCAGUCAAAGUAGACUUGUAGUAUUUGCGCUGUAGCUCCCCUUAUUGGAGAUCAAUGAAGGCCCACCCAUCUCUGUUCCCCACCCCCUCUGUUCCCCAUGAUUUGGGGCAAAGUUCAGCUGGUUGGUUGGUGUGCAAUCUGAAGUCCACAAAAACACUACAGUGAAUACUAUAGUUAUUACUGUAGUAUUUACAGUUUACUAUAGUAUAAAUACUGCAGUGAAAGAAAACUGUAGUAAUUAAUGUAGUAUUUUUGCGGAUUGUAGUAUACGGUAGUAAUUACUGUAGUGUUUUUGCAGACUGUAGUAUACGGUAGUAUUUACUGUAGUGUUUUUGCAGACUGUAGUAUACGGUAGUAUUUACUGUAGUGUUUUUGCAGACUGUAGUAUACGGUAGUAUUUACUGUAGUGUUUUUGCAGACUGUAGUAUACGGUAGUAUUUACUGUAGUGUUUUUGCAGACUGUAGUAUACGGUAGUAUUUACUGUAGUGUUUUUGCAGACUGUAGUAUACUGUAGUAAUUACUGUAGUGUUUUUGCGGACAUUAUUGUUGUAUUUACUGUAGUGUUUUUGCAGACUGUAGUAUACUGUAGUAUUUACUGUAGUGUUUUUGCAGACUGUAGUAUACUGUAGUAUUUACUGUAGUGUUUUUGCAGACUGUAGUAUACGGUAGUAUUUACUGUAGUGUUUUUGCAGACUGUAGUAUACUGUAGUAUUUACUGUAGUGUUUUUGCAGACUGUAGUAUACGGUAGUAUUUACUGUAGUGUUUUUGCAGACUGUAGUAUACGGUAGUAUUUACUGUAGUGUUUUUGCAGACUGUAGUAUACUGUAGUAUUUACUGUAGUGUUUUUGCAGACUGUAGUAUACGGUAGUAUUUACUGUAGUGUUUUUGCAGACUGUAGUAUACUGUAGUAAUUACUGUAGUGUUUUUGCGGACAUUAUUGUUGUAUUUACUAUAGUGUUUUUGUUUUAAUAUCUUUGACAUAGAAGUGGAGGCUUUCACAGUGUGUAGUAUAGUAUUCUACAGUAUACUACUGAAUUCUAUUGUAAACUGUAAUCAUUUUUACAUGUGGGUUAUCUCUCCUCUCUAAUAUCUGACCCAGUUUACAAGAGGGGUCUUUAAAGGUGGGAUUGCCAGUGUGAUACAGAAACCCUACUAACACCUAGUGAACGACAGGCUACAAAGACAUCAACAAACACAACUCUGGACCACCAGGUCUCCAUUUCCUGACUAGCGCUUUCAGUGGAAUAUGAUGAAACUGUUUUUGGCUGCAUAGAAGGACAUGCUAUGUGGGAGGCAAGUUUAACAGUGAUCAAGAGGACGCAGGCUUGGCAAAACCUACAGAUAGUACAUAGACUAUGCUAGCCUGAUAGUAGACUAUGCCAGGUAGCCGGGGGAUAUCUGUUCCAAUGAGACACCAUGCUGCAUUCUUUUACAUUACAACUCAAUUCCACAGCGUACGCGGUCCGGACUUGUUGAUUCACUGCUGAUUUUUGGAAACAUUCAGAAAUGAGAUUAAAGAAGAUCAAGUCAUCAAUCGUCCAUUCUAACCCUGUCUGUCAACCCCUCCUUAAAUCCUGUACAAGCAGAAGGGGAGUGGUCACCAUAGAGAUGAAUAUAGUCUCUA